AUGUUCAAAUCUGGAAAGCUUUCGCUUCGAGUGCAAUUCAACAGUUGUACAACCUCAACCACCAAACAAUUAUUUAAUCAUCACCAUCAUCAAUUUGCUAAUUAUUCUACCUUCAUCCGUCCUUCUCUUCUUCAUGAUGAAAGUGAGGAAAUAAAUCCGCUCCAAGCACACGAAAUUAUUGCCAAUAUUAAAAAACAAUCCUUAUUGAUGAAUAAGAGUAAUAACAACAACAAUAACAAUAACACUAAUACAAAAUCAUCAGUAAAAUCGAGAGGAAAGAGCGCAACGUUUAUUCCAUCACGUAUUAGACAUCGUAUUAGAUCGGGUUCUUCCUUUCCAAACGCUUCUCUAGGCUUGUAA